AUGACCUUCUCUUUCCCAGCUAUUUCUCACAUAAUCAUCAUGACAGCAGAGUUCCUCAUAGGGACUGCCGGGAACGGAUUCCUUAUCACUGUGAAUGGCUAUGACUUGGUCAAGAGCAGAAAGCUCCUGGUACUGCAGAGCCUCUUGGUGUGCACAGGCCUGUCCAGACUUGGGCUGCUGCUGAUGCUCAUGACUCAGAGUUUCUUCUCUGUGUUCUUUCCAUAUGCUUAUGAGGAAAACAUUUAUGGUGCAAAGGUAAUGUUUGUCUGGAUGUUCUUCAGUUCAAUUGGCCUCUGGUUUGCUACCUGUCUUUCUGUCUUUUACUGCCUGAAGAUUUCAGGCUUCACUCAGGCCUGGUUUCUUUGGCUGAAAUUCAGGAUUUCAAAGCUUAUAUUUUGGCUGCUUCUGGGCAGCUUCCUGGCCUCUUUGGGUACUGCAACAGUUUGUAUGGAGGUAGGCUUCCCUUUAACUGAGGAUGGGUAUGUCCUGGAAGAAACAAAGCUAAAUAUUAGCUAUGGCAACUUAGUGAAAGACAAUGACUUGCUCCUUGUAAACCUGGUCUUACUUCUUCCCCUUUCUGUGUUCGUGAUGUGUGCAUCUAUGUUAUCCAUCUCUCUUUACAAGCAUAUGCACCGGCUAAAAAGCAGAACCCAGAAGCUGUCAAAUUUCCAAGCAGAAGCCCACAUAAAUGCAUUAAAAACAGUGACCACGUUCUUCUGUUUCUUUGUUUCUUACUUUGCUGCCUUCAUGGCAAACAUGACAUUUAGAAUUCCCUACAGAAGUCAUCAAUUCUUUGUCGUGAAGGAAGUCAUGGCGGCAUAUCCUGCCGGCCAUUCAGUCAUAAUCAUCUUAAGUAAUUCUAAGUUCAAAGACCUAUUCAGGAGAAUGAUCUGCCUGAAGAAGAAAGAGUGA